CUUCGUUCCCUCAAUUUUCCUUUAAAUCUUCACUGGUGGCAGUCACUCCUUUACGUUCCCUUUCUUGCCAAAUCAGUAUUCGCCCAUACACACGUUCGUACAAUUUUUGUUUCCUCGUUGGAUAUACAGGUCGCAAUGGCAGCUCCAAUGGAACAAGAAUGGGCUCACAGCGGCACUGACUGCUGCUCUCCAUUCACCGGCUGCUUAUUGGCGUGGUGCCUUCCUUGUGUCAUGUACGGCCGCGUGCACCACAGACUGCACAAGGACUCUCAGCUCAAGGGCUGGAGCUUCAUGAAUGGCGAUUGCUGCGGCUACUAUGCCCUGGCCUGCUGCGGUAUGCAGUGGAUCAUUCAGAUGAUGCAGCGCGGCGAGAUUCGCAAGAGGUACGGACUUAAGGGCAACGGCUGCACUGACUGCUUGUGUGCCUGCUGCUGCGGGCCUUGCGAUCUGCUCCAGCAGGACAAGGAGGCCGAGACCCGUGAAGGCGAGAAACAGAAAUUUAUCGAUCAACAGCCCGGCAAGAUGGACCAUAUGCAAUAUGGAGCCUAGAUAACGCAAAGGUGUAUAAUAUUAAACUGGUUUGGGAGGGCUUCUUUGGUUUGAGAGAAUUGAUUAGGGCUGGGAAUGAAUUUGAUACCUAAGCUUGAAUGGAUGGUGUUUGGUCCUGAAGAAGGUUAGAAUCCAAAUCACAAGUUCGGAAUAAAUGAGAAGCAGAG